AUGGCGACCGCGGCGACGUCGAAGAAGGCGGCGAACCGGCUGGUGGUGGAGGAGGCCACCACCAACGACGACAACUCCGUGUGCAAUCUCCACCCCGACACCAUGGAGAAGCUCUCCAUAUACAAAGGCGACAUCGUGCUGCUCAAGGGCAAACGCCGCCACAACACGGUCUGCAUGGCACUGCCCGACGACACCUGCGAGGGGCACAAGCUCAGGAUCAACAAGGUGGCCCGCUCCAACCUGCGCGUGCGCAUCGCCGACGUCGUGUCCGUGCACCUGUGCCACGACGCCAAGUUCGGCAAGCGCGUGCACAUCCUCCCUCUGGACGACAGCGUCGAGGGCAUCACGGGCAACCUCUUCGACGCCUACCUCAAGCCCUACUUCGUGGACGCCUUCCGCCCGGUCCACAAGGGCGACCUCUUCCUCGUGCGCGGCGGCAUGCGGAGCGUCGAGUUCAAGGUCAUGGAGAUCGACCCCGCGGCGGACUACUGCGUCGUGGCGCCCGACACGGAGAUAUUCUGCGAGGGUGAGCCCGUCAAGCGGGAGGACGAGGAGAGGCUGGACGAUGUCGGCUACGACGACGUGGGUGGCAUGGGGAAACCGUUGACUCUGAUCAGGGAGCUCGUCGAGUUGCCACUCAGGCAUCCGCAGCUUUUCAAGUCCAUUGGCGUCAAGCCUCCCAAGGGCAUCCUCCUCUACGGCCCUCCCGGGUCGGGCAAGACUCUGAUCGCCCGUGCGGUGGCCAACGAGACCGGGGCCUUCUUCUUCCUCAUCAACGGCCCGGAGAUAAUGUCCAAGAUGGCCGGAGAGAGCGAGAGCAACCUGAGGAAGGCCUUCGAGGAGGCCGAGAAGAACGCACCCUCCAUCAUCUUCAUCGACGAGAUCGACUCCAUUGCCCCUAACAGGGAGAAGACUCACGGCGAGGUCGAGAGGCGCAUCGUCUCCCAGCUGCUGACGCUCAUGGACGGCAUGAAGGCCCGCGCGCACGUCAUCGUCAUGGGUGCCACGAACCGUCCCAACAACAUCGACCCUGCCUUGAGGCGCUUCGGGAGGUUCGAUCGCGAGAUCGACAUCGGCGUGCCGGACGAGGUCGGGCGUCUCGAAGUGCUCCGCAUCCACACAAAAAACAUGAAGCUGGACAAGGACGUCAACCUACAGGUGAUUGCCAAGGAUACGCACGGCUACGUCGGUGCCGACUUGGCCGCGCUCUGCACCGAAGCGGCGUUGCAGUGUAUCAGGGAGAAGAUGGACGUGAUUGACUUAGAGGACGACACCAUUGAUGCCGAGAUCUUGAACUCCAUGGCCGUCACAAAUGGCCACCUUAAGACGGCUCUCGUGGGCACGAACCCGUCCGCGCUUCGUGAGACCGUUGUCGAGGUGCCCAACGUCAGCUGGACCGAUAUCGGUGGGCUCGACGGCGUCAAGAGGGAGCUGCAAGAGACCGUCCAGUACCCGGUCGAGCACCCAGAGAAAUUCGAGAAGUUCGGCAUGUCGCCGUCCAAGGGCGUCCUCUUCUACGGGCCACCAGGAUGCGGCAAGACCUUGCUGGCGAAGGCCAUCGCCAAUGAGUGCCAGGCCAACUUCAUCAGCAUCAAGGGGCCAGAGCUGCUCACUAUGUGGUUCGGCGAGAGCGAGGCCAACGUGCGCGAGAUCUUCGACAAGGCGCGUCAGUCUGCGCCGUGCGUGCUGUUCUUCGACGAGCUCGACUCCAUCGCGACCCAGAGGGGCGGCAGGGUGGGCGACGCCGGCGGUGCGGCGGACAGGGUCCUGAACCAGCUGCUCACUGAGAUGGACGGCAUGAACGCCAAGAAGACGGUGUUCAUCAUCGGCGCCACCAAUAGGCCGGACAUUAUUGACUCGGCGUUGCUCCGUCCCGGCCGCCUCGACCAGCUCAUCUACAUCCCAUUGCCGGACGAGGCCUCGCGGCACCAGAUUUUCAAGGCCUGCCUCAGGAAGUCUCCCGUGGCCAAGGAUGUCGACCUCGGCGCGCUUGCAAGGUUCACCGCCGGCUUUAGCGAGGAUGGGGAAAGACACCAUGGAGGUGGACGGUGGGCAGGAAGACGAGGUGGCUCAGAUUAA